GGCAAAGAGAGCUGGAGAAGAAAAGAAGAAAAAAUCAAAGAGUGACAACGGAGAGCACGUAUUUAUAGACAGAAGGGCCUGGCCCGUGCGCUGGCGUGAUCUAGUGCCGCCCGCUAAGCGAGCCAAUCAUGAGUGGCUGAUGCAAACCAGCCAAACCAUUCAAACUAGCCAAACGGCCAAAGCCACACCACAGAUGGCCCAGCCCUAGCCCUGAAUCUGUGCCCGAUCGGGAACUCCGCGACCACACUGUGCGAAUCCACUUUUCUUGUCGAUAGUAAGUAGUAACUAGCAGCUAGGAAUUUCCUAUCUACCACCACAUUCACGAAACAGCUAGGCGCAGGAUAUUUACCUCUUUGCGUCCUUACACCCCUCCCUUACAACCAAGCACCCAGUCACAAUGGCUCCCACUGCUCGCUCCAAGAAGCCUCAAAAGGUCACGAACAAGUUCGUGAUCAACGCUUCUCAGCCUGCUAGCGACAAGAUCUUCGACGUCUCUGCCUUCGAGAAGUUCCUCCACGAACGUAUCAAGGUUGAGGGCCGUGUCGGCAACCUCGGCGACAACGUCCAGAUCUCCCAGUCCGGCGAUGGCAAGAUCGAGGUCGUCACCCACAUUCCUUUCUCCGGUCGCUAUCUUAAGUACCUGACCAAGAAGUUCCUCAAGAAGCAGCAGCUCCGUGACUGGCUGCGUGUCGUCUCCACCUCCAAGGGUGUCUACGAACUCCGCUUCUACAACGUCGUCAACGACGAGGCUGAGGAGGAUGAGGACUAAGCGUAUAUUCCCGCUUCAAGUUGACUUGGUGGAAACCAACUGUCCUUGCCGACAAGCUGUCAUAUGUUAGGCUACUUUACCUGACUCCGAUGUUUGGAUGGUUUCGUGUGAUGUACGGCUAUAAUACCCUUCAUAGAUAUUUCACGUGUCUAUGACUCUACGCAUAACGUUAUGAAUGGUAGAGAAUCAGUGGACCCUAAAAAUGAAAACUUGACU